AUGUGGGCAACCGGCCCAACAUCUAGCAGGCGUGAAAGCAUCAAAGGCUACGUAAGGGCGAAGCUAAAAGACCUUUGGAUUUUUAGCUGCUACUUUCCACCCAGCUGGACACUAGAGGAGUUUAGCGAGACGAUAGACAGCCUGGCAAUCGACAUAAGAGCACACUCGCCUGCGAUUGUUGCCGGGGACUUCAAUGCGUGGUCAACGGAGUGGGAGUCAGCCUCAACAAACGCCAGAGGAAGAGUGGUCACUGAGACGAGAGCGGGAGCGCAGUCCAUAAUCGACCUCACCUACUUAAGCGCAAGCUUGGCGGCGACGGCGACCUGGGAAAUUAGCGAGACCUACACGGCGAGCGACCAUAGUGCAAUUAUAAGCACCAUCCGCAUGAGAAGAACCGCCACACCGACAAUUACUCGAGGACACUACAAAGAAAAUACGCUCGACAUACCAUCAUUUAGAGCGGCCCUGGAAGGGAUGGAAUUAGCGGAAAACGAACGGGCAUUGAUGGCAAAGGUCAAGGAAGCCUGCGACGCCAGCAGCAGCGCAGGAAGUUUUCACCCAAAGAGGAAGAUCCUAAAGCGGAAAAUAAAAAGCAGCAAAAGGCGGUGCUUCCUGCAACUCUGCGAUGAAGCAGAAAACGACCUGUGGGGAAAGGCCUACAAGGUGGAAACGAGGCAAGCGGAAGCGUUUGGUGUCCCGGACCACCAGAUACCACCGGUUACCCUACAGGAGCUGGUCAACAUAGCCCAGAAGCAUGUACCCGAGCACCUUGCCAGUGCAUACACUAAGUGCCUGGCCCAAGCCUGCUUCCCAGAACGGUGGAAACAGCAAAAGCUGGUGCUUAUUCCAAAGCCAGGAAAAGACAAGGAUGAACCGUCGGCUUAUAGGCCCAUUUGCCUUCUAGACACGGCCGGCAAAAUAUUGGAAAGUAUUGUCAGUGCAAGACUCGGAGAGGCAAUAGAGGCUGCCGGAGGGCUCUCAGAAAGACAGUAUGGCUUUAGAAAGGCUCGCUCGACCCUAGAUGCACUAGAAGCCGUGGACCGCAUAGCCAGGCAGGCCAUAGAAGGCAAAAGGUGGCUGGGAGGAAACAAACAAUACUGUUUGGUGGCAACUCUGGACAUCAAAAACGCCUUCAACUCGGCAUCCUGGAGCAGAAUAAUGGCCUCACUCGGGAUGCUGAACAUCCCAAAGUACUUGCAGGCGAUCGUUAGCGACUACCUGAGCGACAGGUGGCUCCACUAUGACACGGACGAAGGACCUCAACGCUACAAAAUCACAGGAGGGUGCCACAAGGGUCCGUCUUAG